CCUUCCUUUAUCUUUCCUACAUCUCCUUCUCUAUCUCUGAUCUUUCACAUUCACACUUUAAUAUAAGAACUGUAUAUAUAUAUACUUGCAAGAAACCAUUGGUUGUGGUUGAAUAAGUCUGCAACUUCUGAUGGCUUCACCGUGGGGAGAUCGCCGGAAUGAAACUAGAGAUCCGAAUGAAUCUGACUCAUCUCCUGAGAAGAGUCCAAGUAAUGCAUAUGCAUCUGAUAAUUCUAAGGUUAUUGGGCCAAAAUCAUAUUCAUACAGUGAUUUAGCAAAGGCAACUCGUCAUUUUUCGCUGAAUUACCAAAUUGGUCAAGGUGGUUUUGGUCAAGUCUUUAAGACAUCCUUAAACGGUGAGACCUAUGCUAUCAAGAAACUCAAUAAUUUUGUAGAUGAACAGGCCGAAGGAAAGUUGGAGAACGAGAUUGAGGUCGUCAAUAGAGUCAGUCACAAAAAUCUUGUUAAGCUAGUUGGUUACUGCAUUGAUGGAGCCAACAGAUUGCUUAUUUUAGAGUAUUUUUCUAAUGGGUCCUUGAGAUCUAAAUUACAUGGAAAGGAAAAUGUUUUGGACUGGAAAAAGAGAAUGAAAAUCGCCAUAGGUUCUGCAAAAGGAUUGCAAUAUUUACAUGAAGAUUGUGAACCUAAAAUCAUACAUUUAGAUGUUAAGGCAGAUAAUAUUCUUCUUGAUGAUAACUUUGAAUCUAAGGUUUCAGAUUUUGGACUUUCCCUAUUUUUUUCGGAUGCUGCUUCUCAUGUCUCAAGAUCAUCAAUUAGAGGAACCCAAAUCUAUGCAGAUCCAUUGACAACACAAUUGGGAAAACACUCUGAUAAAUCUGAUGUUUAUUCUUUUGGUGUUACACUUUUGGAGUUGAUUAGUGGGAGAAAACCCAUAAAUCAAAACGGCGUCAAUAUUAUUACUUGGGCAAACUCUUUAAUUGAAAAAGUUUUGAAAGGUGAAUAUGCGGAUUUUGUAGAUUCCAGGUUACAAUCCUUUGACCAUGAAGAAAUGCAUCGAAUUAUUUUUUGUGUUAAUGCUUGCAUAAAUCUACCUCCAAAAUUCCGUCCAUCAAUGAAAAGGGUAGUUCUAGCCCUUGAAGGAAUUCUGCCUCUAAAGAAUGACAACAAAUUGUACUCCAGAGCUUCAUAUGAAGAUGAGCCUAAGCCAAGCCCCAAGCCUCCGAUCAUUCCAGAAACUAAUAGAUCAUCAAAUGAAGUUUACAAACCAAGGAGAUUUACUUAUAAACAACUAAGUUCUGCAACUAAAGAUUUCUCCGAAAGCAACCUUCUUUACAGGGGUAUUAUGGGUGAAGUAUAUAUGGCAUCCCUAAAUGAUGUCGGACAAGUGAUAAUCAAGAAAUUUCAUCUCGAAAAAGAAGAUGAAUUCAAGAAGAUUAAAGGCAUCAGCAGUAGUGUUCAUCACGAAAAUCUUGUUAACCUGGUUGGAUACUGCAAUGAAAGAGAUAAUAAUCUGCUUGUUUAUGAGUGUUUUAGGUUUCGAUCCUCUUUAAGAUUUCGUUUACUCGGGACAAAAAUAAUGAGUACAUCAAUAAUGGAAUGGCCAACCAUCAAGGGCAUAGCUUUAAGCAUCGCAAAAGGAUUAGUACAUCUCCACGAAUUAUAUAAACCUUUGAAUACCUACGAGCAUUACCUGGAUGAUUGCGUAUUUCUUGAUGAUAAUCUUGAACCAAAGUUUGCUGAGUAUGGACGUACCAAUUUUUUCUUAAAAGAUUCUGAAAUGCUUCUUUCUAGCAGUUCAACGACUUCUACAUAUCUUAAGUUUGAUGUGUAUUUUUUGGGUAUAAUUCUUCUGAAGCUUAUUACUGGGAAACAACAACAUAAUGACAUCAGUUCUAUUAAUGACUAUAACUUGAUCGAAUUGAUGGCGAUUCACCUAAAAAAUAAUUGGCCCAAAAGUGACUAUAGUUUUGUCGAUCCAAGAAUUGAGAGUUAUGACAAACAUGAAAUGGAUCAAAUGAUUGAAUGUGCUAUAGCAUGUGUAAAUCCUUGUCCACAAUAUCGACCUCAAAUGAGUCAGGUGGUCGAAGUUCUAGCAGGAAAUAUUCCUGCGAGAAAUCUCGAGAAGAAUUUUUUCUUUUUUCAUGAAAAAAAAGAAUGAAAGAUUUUUGGAUUCUGGGGAUGAAGUAUAUAUGUAUAUCUGCAGCAAAGCUAAAGAGUGUAAUAGUUAUCUUUUAUCAGAUAAUUUCAGAUUGGCAACUCAGUAUCAAAUUGAGAAAAUAAAAAUUAUUCCAUUAAUUGUAAGCAUAAAUAACUUUGUAUAAUUUUUUUUUUUUUUCU